AUGUGCGACUCGAUGGAUGGGCGCGUUGUCGACCCCUCCGCGCCACUCUCGAAGCUGGUUGCGACGCCGACCUUUGACGCACUUGCGAGUGACGGCGUCAACUUUGUGCGAACGUACGCCUCUUCGCCGCAGUGCGUGCCCUCGCGCGCGAGCAUGCUCAGCGGGCGUCGGACCGACCAGAUCCGCGCCUUCUCGAACGACAACGGGCUCGCGCUCUCGCCCGGUGGCGAGCCAGACGAGGCCUGCGUGAGCGCGUACGGCGAGGCGUGGUGCAGAACCCACGGCGCCUCGCAGGCGCUCGAGACGACGCUCUUCGACGAGCUGCGCAGCGGCGGGUAUGAGGUGGCGCUAUUUGGGAAGGUGGACAUCGGCGCGGGCGUGCUGCGCAGAUUCGGGCCGGCGCCGACGCAGGACGGCUACCACGGCGGCGCCUCGCUCCCCAUCGUGACGCGGGCGGCUGACGUGCGGCGGCCGACCAAGCCGAACCCGCUCGAGCUAGUCGACGACCACGCGGCACACGUCCACCCCGAGGAUUGGAAGGUGCACGACCGCUGCAGCGAGUGGCUGAGAGCGAAGGGCGACGCCUCCCGCAGCAGCGGUGGCGGAGGCGGGCCGCCCUGGUUCCUCUACUGCAGUCUCAACAUCCCGCACCCCGCCUUCCGCACGAACGCGACUUGGCUGCACGCGGUGGACGAGGCAGCCGUCCGCGCGUCGCCGCCUGCGUGGCCUGCCGAGGGCUCGAUGCAUCCGUACGACGCGUACAUGACAACCUCCAAGGCUGUGGGCGACGACCAGCCUGUCUUUGGGGAGGUCGGCGUCUUCCGCGUGCGACGCACGUACCUCGCGAUGGUCGCCGAGGCGGACUACCUCAUCGGGCAGGUCGUCGAGGCGGCGCGCGAGGCCAAGCUCUACCGAGGCGCGCUCGUCGCGUCGCUGCGCGUGCCCCUCCUCCUCGCGGGCGGUGCUCUACCGGUCGGCCCCCGCUUCCGGCGCGGCGCGGUGGCCACGUCACUCGCCUCGCUGCUCGACAUCUUUCCGACGAUCGCUGAGGCGGCGCAGCUGCGGCCGCUGCGCAAGGGGGCGCUCGCCGGCGAGCCGCUGCUCCCGCUCCCGAGGAACACGCGAAGCCGCCUCAAGUACGUGGCGUUCGGGCGCGACCGCGACCGCGACCGCGUUCCGUGGCAACUCUUCGACCUCGAGAGCGACCCGGCCGAGGUGACCAACUUGGCGCGCACGCGGCCGGAGGAGGUGGCGCGGCUCGAUGCGCUGCUGCGCGCAGAGCUCGGCUCGGGCGAGAACCGACUCUCCCCCGACGGCGACCCAGACGCGAUCGACGCAGCGGCCAAGCGGCUGCAGCAGGCAACCUUCCUCGAGCACUUCGCGCCGUGCGUCGCAAACGAGGCGCCGCUCGACGCUGCCGCCGCCGAGGCCUUCUUCGCGCGGGGCGAGGCGCAGGCGUCGCCCCUAGACGACAGCGCCGCGCGGGGCGGGCGCACGCCGCUGCGGCAGCUGCUCGAGCGCGCCUACACGGGCUUCGACGAGGACGACUGGCGCAAGGUGCAGUGGUGGGCCGCGCAGGACAUCCAGCCACCCUUCGAGGCCCGCGGGUGA